CAACUUAUGAUUGUUCACUUGUUCUAUAGGUUAUAAAUUUGCUCUCAAUUUCUGUUUGCAGUAACAUUCUUCUAGUAGAAACACAGUCACACUCUUCCAGUAGAAAACAGACUAACCCAAUUUUGUCUGUAGGGGUUCGAUUCUUACUAGUCUUUCACUGGUCUUGUAUAGCUUUCAUUGAUUUUAGAUUUUUGAAAGCUGUAUAUUACCUUGAUUUCAUUUAAGCUUUUCGAGAACAACAAUUUCAUAAUAUGUUACACAGAGUUGAGGACUCGUGUCUUAAUAUCUCAUUUAUUGCGUACCACCAUAAUAAGCAACAACAAUUGCAUCUCAAUGCCAAACUAAUUCUGGUCGGCUAUAUGCAUCUUAAUGUGCAUUGCGAUCCAUUUGGACCCCUUUCAAAUAAGCCUUAAUAAGCAAGAUUUCACAUUCAGCUGAUAUAUACAAGACUAUGACAUGGUAAUUUUUUUUUCUUGAUGACCGAGAAAUCCGUCUGGGGCCGAUCCUUUGGACCAACCGCAGCCUUCGAAACUCGGUGGAUAAUGGGCCCGCCCCUCUACCCUUCUCCACUUAAAUACCAGGCUUUGCUUUGCAUGGUGUGGGGGCUUGAACCUGUGACCUAAGACACAAAUCCACCACCCUUUGCCACUUGAGCUAGGCCCUGGGGGCAACACUAUGACAUGCAUCUAGCCGCAUCCAAGGGACAUGGAGAUAUUGCCGUUUUCCUUAUCCAAAGAGGAGUGGAGAUUAAUGCUAGAGAUAAGUUUGGCUCCACUGCAUUGCUUGAAGCGGUUAAGAAUGGCCAUGAUCAUGUGGCUUCUUUGCUUAUGGAAGCAGGGGCACUACUAGGUAUAGAUAAUGAUGGGACUUGUCUUUGUGAGGUAGUCGCGAAAAGAGAUCUAGAUUAUUUGAGAAGAUUGUUGGACAGCGGCAUCAAUCCUAAUUCCAAAAAUUAUGACUUUCGAACACCACUUCACCUAGCUGCAUCAGAAGGGCUGUUUCCAAUUUCAGUAUUACUGUUAGAAGCUGGGGCUAGUGUCUUUGCAGUGGACAGAUGGGGAAGAACUCCACUUGAUGAAGCUCGAGUAGGUGGAAACAAGAAUCUUAUUAAGCUACUGGAAGAUGCACAGGGUAGUCAAUUGUCAGAAUUUUCUACAAACUUUGGAAAACAAGAUGAAGGGCAGCGGGUUAGAUGCACAGUGUUGGCUUCAGACCCCAGGGAUCUCAAAGACGAGAGAAGUAGAGUAGUUCUAUGGGUACCACAAAGCCUUGAUGAGCUCAUUAACACAGCUAAGGCGCAGUUAAGAGUUUCAUCAGCAAAUUGUGUAGUCUCAGAAGAUGGAGCCAAGAUCCUGGACACAGACAUGAUAUCUGAUGGUCAAAAACUGUUUUUAGUUAGGGAAAGCACACUAAGUCUCUAAGAUAUUACUCAACAUAUAUGUUGUAAUUUCCUGGUGGGCUCUUAGAGGAAGAGAAGAAACUAACAUAGUAAUAAUAUGUAAUAACUGAAUAGAUUAUACAAUAUUGAAACUGGAGCUUUCCCGUAUCACCAAGACUAUAAGCUUCAUCCUUGUGAUUAAAAGCAGCAUGAGAAGCAGUUGGGUUGUUGAGAGAGCUUGGUAAUCAUCUCAUCUCAAUUCUCAUGUAUAUAUUUGCUGAUCAAUGGUGGUUAAACUCGAACUUGGGAUC